AAACCCUAAACCCUAAAACGCAGACAUUAUAUAAGAGCCUUCAGGCUCUCACGGAAACUCACCGCGCCUCUUCUCUCUUUUUUUGAUAAACCCUAGCAACCAGGUUCCUUCCCUCAGCUCUCUGUACACUCGCAGCGAUGGCUCCUCCUCGAGGUCGUGGCGGUAGUGGUGGAUUCAGGGGUGGCAGAGGUGACAGAGGUGGAAGAAGUGGAGGUAGGUCCGGUGGUGGUGGGGGUAGAGGCUUUGACAGAGGUGGUAGUGGCUUUAAGCCCCGUGGUGGGCGUAGUGAUCGCGGAGGCGGUCGUGGAAGAGGACGUGGCGGGAGAGGUGGAAUGAAGGGUGGUAACAAAGUUGUGGUUGAGCCUCACAGACAUGAAGGUGUUUUCAUUGGUAAGGGUAAGGAAGAUGCUCUUGUUACUAAGAAUCUUGUUCCCGGUGAAGCUGUCUACAAUGAGAAGAGGAUUUCUGUUCAGAAUGAGGAUGGAACAAAGGUUGAAUAUAGAAUUUGGAACCCUUUCCGUUCCAAGUUGGCUGCAGCCAUUCUCGGUGGCGUUGAUAAUAUAUGGAUUAAACCUGGUGCUAAAGUUCUCUACCUCGGGGCUGCUUCUGGUACAACAGUCUCUCAUGUGUCUGACAUUGUUGGCCCUACUGGAGUUGUCUAUGCAGUUGAGUUCUCUCAUAGAAGUGGCAGAGACUUGGUAAAUAUGGCGAAGAAGCGCACAAAUGUCAUACCCAUUAUUGAAGAUGCCAGACAUCCAGCUAAAUACCGUAUGCUUGUUGGCAUGGUUGAUGUGAUAUUCUCUGAUGUUGCACAACCUGAUCAGGCUAGGAUUGUUGCAUUGAAUGCAUCAUAUUUUCUGAAAGCUGGAGGCCACUUUGUUAUCUCAAUCAAGGCCAAUUGCAUUGAUUCAACGUCACCUGCGGAAGCAGUGUUCCAAUCAGAGGUCAAGAAGCUUCAGGCAGAGCAGUUUAAGCCUGCAGAACAAGUCACACUUGAACCUUUUGAGCGCGACCAUGCUUGCGUGGUUGGAGGCUAUCGUAUGCCAAAGAAGUCGAAAGCUGGUGAUGCCUAGAAAUUGUCCAGCAUCCUAUCCAUGAUCUGCCUUUCUUGAGGAGGAAGAAUGAUCUAAUUAUAAGUUUUAGAAAUGUAAACGUGACGGUGUUCUUCCCUUUUAUUUUACCCGGUUGCUGGUUAGAGUUGUCCUUCUAUGUACUAGUUCUGAACCGGUGAAACGUUGUAGACAUUUUUGUUUUUAUAUAAGAGUUUAAUUUCGUUUUGAUUA